GUUUCCACUGGCUGCUGCUAAUAUAAGAUUUAAUAAUAUAAUUUAAUAUAAUAUGGUGGCUUUGUCCGAAUUGAAGUUGCUAUGUUAAAUUGCUUGUUGGUUGGUUUGUUUGUCUUUACCAAAACAACAACAUGUCACCUAUAGCAACCUUUUUGUUAUCAAUAAGUCACUAUUGGUUGGUGUGCCCGGAUAAACUCCUCUCCAGGCUGUAAUCUGCUUUACUUCAGAGCCACCUUGUCUCCCUCUCUGGUCAGUGAUUGGCUGCCCGGAUCUGCUCUCACAGCCCAUUGGCCGAGACGGAUGUCCAUCACAGUGGUUUUGCCUCGGGACAGAGGACCGUCCGCACUCUGCUGCUGUCAGCAUUGCUGCAAUAUUGUUAAAGUGAACAACACAGUUACAGUUUAACCACAGGAUGGGUUUGCACUUCGGCCGAAAUGAAAGAUCUCUGCAGGUGAAGUGAGGAUCGACUCAGUGUGUGACAUAUCUACACAGCUGGAUCACAAAAACACAGGGAAACAGAAUCAGUGAUGGGGACGAACAGCCAGAGCCCCACGGGCAUGGGAACUGAAGAUAACGUCCUAGCUCCUGCUCAGUUUAGCGACGACACUGCAGUGUGCAUCGUUUCUGUGAAAGGUUUAAAGGAGAACUGGCAGAAGUGGUCCAAUGAGCACCAGGAGUACCAGAAGCACAACCCCUUCAGUCACGACACCAGGCCCAGUGUGGUGGUCCCUCUGAGGGGGCAGGAUGACUACGGGAGGCCCCUGCAGGGCUCCAUGACAGAGCAGCGGGGGAAGGAUGCUCACACACACAUCAGCAGAGAGGUUCAGGAGCUGUGUGAGGUGAUAAGGAACAUUGGAGAGCCCAGAGACAAAGACGGGGUGGUCACUGUAGAAUUCGGGAAACUGUUUGAGCGUUAUGUGACUAUCUCUAAUAAACUGGUGGGGAUUCUUCUACGAGCGAGGAAGCAGAGGCUGGUUGAAUUUGAGGGGGAAAUGCUGUGGCAGGGGCAGGAUGACCAUGUGGUUAUCACUCUGUUGCAGUGAUGAAAAACUUGGAAUAGCGUUUAUGCCUUGAUUCACAUGCGUUACAUGCAUAACAUAUGUAGAGCUACUUCAUGACAGCACUCAUUGUAGUAUUCAAAAAGCAGGGGACUGCACACAAUUGUGCUUUAAAGACGUAAUGGCACUUUUAUUUUCAAAAAAUUGCUUUUUUUUUUUGCUUACUUAAGAAACCUCAGUGGGUAAACAUCCACACCACUUCCCUGCACAAUGUACAUUAGGCAUACUGCUGCAUUUUCUCCUCAUGCUAAACAUACGGCAUCUAUCUUUGUAGCUGUGUUCAGAAAUAGUAGAUUUUCAUGCGUUUCAUACACUAGAUUUCUCUCAGUGACGCUGAAUCCCCCGGCUCUAAAUAACAGUGGAGAGAUUAAAAGAAAUCCCUUUUGCUACAUUUCCUUCACUAGCUUUUUAAUGCGGGGAAAGUGUAGCGGUGAGCAGCUGAAAUGAAGUCAGAGUGGUUAAUGAGACUGAACCAAAGCCAAAGAGAACAUGAGGCUGCCUGUGACAGACAAUAUGGUGCUAUAGGAUGAACUUGAUCUGACUUGGCUUGGGUGCUCCAGAGCAUUUAUUUAUUACAAGUGUGCUUUGUAAUUUUUUGUCAUUAGAGUUUGAAACUUGGUAAACCUCCACAGUGAGACAGAUGUUCAAUGAACUAAAAACGGUGCUUUAAUGGAGUGAGAACUACAUAGUAAACUAUGCACUGACUGAUAUGAGCCAUAAUAUCUGCUGCUAUUAAACACAAUGGCCAUGCAAACUAAUAAUUUUUUUAGCAUAAGACAGUAGUAUAUUGAACAACUACCAAGUACUGCUUACUGUAUAAUAAAGAAAGAAAGAACAGUGCCCUCUCUGUUAUUGUGUUACUGUCUGUGCUUUGUGAACUGUAAGCACUGACUGGUGUAGUUAAACCAAUGACUGGGAGAGAGAAUGUAAACUGAUAUCUAGGACUCAGUACAUUAGAAACACACUGAGGAGCAG